CUCAACUGAGAAUAAAAUAGGUCAACCUUAGUAGAUAUGAAGCAAAGUUAAAGAUAUUUCAUUGGUUCUAACUCUUUAAAAAAUAUCAGGGUAAUCGAAGCGUAGAUCGUUUGGAACUUGUGGGUAUUGAAGCAAUAUGUUUUCUACGAUCGAAGUUAAUAUUGGGAACGUCCACGUCCAGUCGACAAACUGUAUUGACGUAAACGUAGCAGGUGGUUUACACAAUCAGUGUAUGAACCACACGAUGGCUGUAGGUAACAACACAUCGGAAAGACCACAUCACACAAACUAUGCAAUAGAAAGUAUCAGGAUUAUUUCUUUCAACAACUGGCCUCAGUUCAAACAUCAAACUCCACAACAACUAGCAGAAGCCGGAUUCUUUUACGCAGGAUAUGAAGAUGAAGUUAUUUGCUUCUACUGUAAUGGACGAUUGAAGAACUGGACAUCUAACGGGGUACCUUGGGUGCAACAUGCUCGUUGGUUCCCCUACUGUCCUUUUGUCCGCAUAGUUAAGGGGAAUCAAUUUAUUCGUACUAUACAGGAUCGUUUCAGCCAACUCGAUAAUAAAACAGGUUUGGAGGAAGAAAACCGCCAAUUAAAAGAGCAGAAGACUUGUAAGAUCUGUCUAAAUGCCGAGGUGGGGGUCGUUUUCCAGCCCUGUGGACACCUGUGUUGUUGUGUGCAGUGUGCUUCGGCUCUCCAAAAGUGCCCGAUCUGUAGGAAACGGAUUUCUGGCUCCGUGCGCACCUUUAUUCCUUAGAAUAAUUCAGCAUUGCUUCGCGGUUUAUAAAGCGAUAACUAUAUUAUGUUAUACUUGUAUAAAUAGGUAGAAAUUGAAUUCAGUGCUGAAAUGGAUAACAAGGAUAAAAGGUAAUACACAUUUUAAUAAGUCUGAUUGCUUUAUCAUUGUGUCUUGAUGUUAAUCACGCAUCAGAAAGAUUCCAUUUUACCUGUACAUGAUAAGCUUCAAUUUUGCUUUUCAGUUUUAUAAUAGUUCCACUAUAUUUUGUGAUACAAUAUUAUUUUUAAAAAAACUAUGAUGCAUUGUCAUAGGAAUUGCAUCAUAUGAUAUAUAUUAAUAAUUACACUCAUCAAGGAAGUCGAAUGAUAAAUGAAGAAUGAGAUUAAAUUGGUAUGUACAACAUAUUAAAAGGGGAAAAAAAGCUACUUUAUUAAUACAGUGGAGAACAAAAUGCUACGAUACAAAAUAAUUUAACUGGAUAAGCAUUUUAGAACCUCCAUUCAAUGAAAACACUAUCAAAUACUGCAUAGGUUGGUUCCAACAAUCAAAUCUUAUAAGGUUAUUAUCUUAUUUAAAUUAGGCUUACAUAUUAUUUUCUUUGCAACUUAUGUAAAAUUGAGAUAGAAACAACAGAACAUUUGUUUACGGAAUUUUCCUGACGAAUAGAAUUGAAGAGCUGUUUCUAACAAAAUUCAAUGUUCCUUUAAAUUUGCGUUUGAUAAAACUAGCAUACGUUUGGUAAAUACAUGUAUAAUAAUAAAGAUGUAAACACAAUUCUUAAAGACUAGUGUAAAACACUACAUUUUUUUCAAUGUAAAUUAAAAACUUAAAAAUAACGACCUUUUACUUUAUAUAAAGUGAUUUCUGACAAAUUUCUGAUUGAAAUUUUGCUGUUAAUUUUUGCUAAUAUUUAGAAUAUGAAUGAUUUUAGAAAACAAUACAGUAUAUGGGCUGUUUCAGGUAGCAAUUAAAAUAUGUAUUAUUGUGUUUCUUAAUUAUAUGAGUUGUUUCAGGUAGCAAUUAAAAUAUGUAUUUUUGUG